CCUGGCUCACUUCCAAGAGAAUCACCUUUCUUUGUGAAGAUGGAGCUUUCGCUUAAAACAGACUUCUGUGACCCUUUCAGCAAGUCCUGAAAGCUGCCAAGGGAAGCCAUGGAUGCAAGUACUCCAGCCCACACUGUUGGCGUGGAGAUCUACCUAGGUCCCAUGUGGUCGGACCCUUCCAACAGCACCUCUCUGACCCUCAACUUGUCCCUCCCGCUGCAGGAAGACAUCCCAGGGAACCUCACGGGGCACCUCUCUGAGCAGCAGCAGUACGUGAUCGCCCUUUUCCUCUCCUGCCUCUAUACCAUCUUCCUCUUUCCCAUUGGCUUUGUGGGCAACAUCCUCAUCCUGGUGGUGAACAUCAGCUUCCGGGAGAAGAUGACCAUCCCGGACCUGUACUUCAUCAACCUGGCAGCUGCCGACCUCAUCCUGGUGGCUGACUCACUGAUCGAAGUGUUCAACCUGGAUGAGCAAUACUACGACAUCGCUGUGCUCUGCACCUUCAUGUCCCUCUUCCUGCAGAUCAACAUGUACAGCAGCGUCUUCUUCCUCACUUGGAUGAGCUUCGACAGGUACCUGGCGCUGGCCAAGGCUAUGCGCUGCAGCCUCUUCCGCACCAAGCACCACGCACGGCUCAGCUGUGGCCUCAUCUGGAUGGCCUCAGUGUCCGCCACACUGGUACCCUUCACGGCAGUGCACCUGCGGCACACUGAAGAGGCCUGCUUUUGCUUUGCUGAUGUCAGAGAGGUACAGUGGCUGGAGGUCACACUGGGCUUUAUUGUGCCCUUUGCCAUCAUUGGCCUCUGCUACUCCCUCAUCGUGCGGGCCCUCAUCCGGGCCCACAGGCACCGUGGCCUGCGCCCACGCAGGCAGAAAGCCCUGAGGAUGAUCUUUGCCGUGGUCCUCGUCUUCUUCAUCUGCUGGCUGCCGGAGAAUGUGUUCAUCAGUGUCCAUCUCCUGCAAUGGACGCAAUCAGGAGACACUCCCUGCAAGCAGUCUUUCCGUCAUGCUUACCCCUUGACAGGCCACAUUGUCAACCUUGCAGCCUUCUCCAACAGCUGCCUGAACCCCCUCAUCUACAGCUUCCUUGGAGAGACUUUCAGGGACAAGCUCAGACUGUAUGUGGAGCAGAAGACGAGCCUCCCAGCUCUGAACCGUUUCUGCCAUGCCACACUCAAGGCGGUCAUUCCCGACAGCACAGAGCAGUCAGAUGUCAAGUUCAGCAGUGCUGUGUGAGAGGCACCUCCCUCGGGGAGGAGGACAGGGGUAGGG